CAAAAACCACCAACUGCCCAUAGUGGCUUUGUAUAUAUAAACAGCACUACACACUUUGUAGACUAUAUUUCGUUUCAUUGUCAAAUAACCAACAAAAAAAAAUGGCUGUAACACAAGGCAAAUGGGUUAAGUUGAACCAAAAAGGAACCAGUCCUGGUGCAAGAAGUUCACAUGCAGUCACCAUUGUUGGAGAAAAAGCUUAUGCCUUUGGUGGCGAGUUCAAACCCCGUGUCCCUGUGGACAACUAUCUCUACGUCUUUGAUCUUAACGAGCAAACUUGGUCCAUAGCUGAAGUAACCGGUGAUACUCCCCCACCACGAGUUGGUGUGACCAUGGCUUCCAUUGGUGAGACCAUAUAUGUGUUUGGUGGUAGAGAUGCCACACAUGCAGAGCUCAACGAGCUCUAUUCUUUUGACACUUGUACAAACACAUGGACCCUACUAUCAACUGGGGACACUGGGCCUGCUCACCGUAGCUACCACUCGGUAGCCACGGAUGAUCGCCGUAUGUAUAUAUUUGGCGGAUGUGGUGUUGCUGGUCGGCUUAAUGAUUUGUGGGCUUAUGAUGUUGUUGACAAAACAUGGUCCAAGUUUCCUUUACCCGGAGAUAAUCUCAAAGGCAGAGGUGGGCCUGGGCUCGGAGAGGUUGGAGGGAAAAUCUGGGUGGUUUAUGGUUUUGCAGGUAUGGAGGUUGAUGACGUGCAUUUCUUUGACCUGGCCACCGAAAAGUGGACCCAGGUAGAAACAACGGGUGAAAAACCAACUCCUAGAAGUGUGUUUUCAACUGUUGCUGUCGGAAAAUACAUUUAUGUGUGUGGUGGAGAAAUAGACCCUAGUGAUUUAGGUCAUUUGGGUGCAGGGAGGUUCACGCACGAGGUCUAUGCAUUGGACACAGAGACACUUGUGUGGAAGCGUGUGGAGGACGGUUCUAGUGGCGGGGAUCACCCUGGUCCACGAGGGUGGUGUGCAUUUUCGGCUGGGAGGCGUGAUGGAAAAGAGGGGUUGUUGGUGUAUGGUGGCAAUUCACCGAGCAAUGAUCGGUUAGACGACAUUUACUUUUUUACCCCUAACUUGGAUUAAGCAUAUGGAAAGGCAGACUUGGUGCAUAGUAUCAUAAGGUCAUGGGAGGAUUGUGAAUGAGUGAUGUUAUAGUUGUAUGCUGAAGAUAAUAGAGUGUUUAUAUGGUCAUGUUUUGAUCAUUAUUGAGGGACAAGUCAUUUGGCAUGUAUGUAAUGUAAAACUUAAAUAAAAAUGUGGUCAGGUCAUGUUUAUUGUUGAGAGACGAGUCAUUUGGGUUAAUGUAUUUAGUGUAAAAUUUGAAUAAAGAUGUGGAUCAGGUCAUGUUUAUUG